AUGGCUUCCGUGCCGACGUGGCCGAGUCGGCAGAACUCUGUUCCUCGCUUUAGCUACGACCAGGUAUGCCUACCCUCGGCAUCAACUCACAUCAGGGUUCUCGAACUCUAUCCGUCCAGACACGCCACAAGCGUCAACUCUGCAUCUCCGGACGAGGUAGACCCUCCAGACGAAGAUGGCCCCGGUUGCGCUGCACGAUACUCGAGCCCGCUGCGGUGCGCCGUCUCAACCACCCCAAUCGACACCCCACGGCCCUACAAGGCGCUGUCGUACACCUGGGGUAAGCCGGAUAAGUCCCAUGGCAUUGACAUUGGGGGCGCGCGCCUCGGAAUCACGGCCUCUCUGGACACGGCGCUGCGACAUGUCCGUAAAGAAAAUGAGCCAGUCACGCUCUGGAUAGAUCAGAUCUGCAUCAACCAGGCAGAUGCCGAGGAGAAGAACGAGCAGGUGCCGCUCAUGGCGCAGAUCUACAGCAGGGCCGAACUCGUCCUCGUCUGGCUCGGUCCCGCGGCGGACGGCUCCGACGCGCUGAUGGAGUGCUGGGAAGACAUCGGCCAAGCGGCCCGCGAUCUGGAUAUCGAGAGCUACCUCAACAGAGAGCGGCUCCCGCUUCUGCGCCCGAUACUGGAGAACCGCAACCCCGAAGACCCGGCGACGGUGAGGUUCCAGGCCCUGGUGAAAAGGGCGGUGCCGGCCUUCAACUCUCUCCUGGAGGCGAUGAUUGCCUGGAACGAGAGGCCCUGGUUCGGCCGCGUGUGGACGAUACAGGAGCAAGCUCUGGGCACCAACACGUUCUUCCUGUGCGGGUACAAGAUGCUGAACCUCGACCUGCUUCCCUUGGCCACGUUGAUAUUCGACGGGUGCGUGAUGAACACGCAGGACAUAAAGAACCCGGGCGACCAAGAGCACAUCAAGCUGUUGGCCAAAGCCCAGGACCGCCGAUUCGGUCCAUUGAUGGCCGUACGGCGUCGGAGGCGCAACUUCGUAAAGGGCGAGGGACCAGGGGACGACCUGUACCACAUGCUGAAGAAGGCGUACGUGGACGGAGACGCCCAGGCGACCCUGCCGCGGGACCGGAUCUACGGCCUGCUCAGCGUCGCCGUAGAUGCAGAAGGGCUGCAGAUCGUCCCGGAAUACACUUCUCCACACUGCCAUCCCACCUUCGUGAAGGCCGCCCGCGCCCUCGUUGGCGCAGGCCGCGUCGAGAUGCUCUCCUUCUCGCAGUUCCCCAAGGACGUCGACGGGCUGCCGUCCUGGGUCCCAGACUGGAGGCCGACGCUGACCCACUCGUACCUGGCCGCGUUCGAGGACGCAGACAGGCUGCUCGUACGAGCGGCGGGCGACAGCACGGUCGAGGUGGCGCACACGGACGACCCGUGCGUGCUUGGGAUACGCGGCCUCGCCGUCGACACGAUCGAGGAGACGGGCGACGUGUGGGAGUGGGAGGCGGGCAGCGAAGCUCGCGCCAGCCACCUGCGGACCAUCAGGGCCUUCUGCGACAAGUCCUCGGCGUGCGGGCACGACAUCUACGAGAGCAGCGAGAGGCGAGCCGAAGCCGCGUGGCGGGUGCCCGUGGGAGACCUGUACUGGACCAGCGCGGCUAGCUACCACCGGGUCGCGCGGGCAGAAAGGGGCGAUUACGAGGCCUGCCUGGCCGUCCUUGCGCUGAUGGCUGAGGGCUUCCAGUCCGUGCCGCCAGAGCUGCGUCAGCAGCGGCUGGAGGAGUUCUACCGCAUGAUCCCGGCGCAGUCCAACUACAGCGAGAACAUGGACAAGAUGACGGGCAAGCGCCCGUACGUGACGAGGCUGGGGUACGUGGGCAUGGCCCCGGGCGGCGCACACCCGGGCGACGUGGUCGUGGUACUGCUCGGCUCUCGGAUCCCGUACGUCCUGAGACCAUCCAGUGAUGGGACGAGUUCCCGUUUCGUCGGCGAAGCAUACUGCGACGGGGUCAUGGAUGGCGAGAUGUUGACUAAGCGGCCACACGAGACAUUUCUCAUUGCUUAA